AUGUUUUUGAACGACAUAGACCCACAGUUUAUCAAGUCUUUGAAUUAUCUGUACUCAAGUGACGCCCUCGUUAAGGGUGACACGGUCCCGUUGCAAUACUAUCUGGAAGAGGCGAUCAAAAGUAAGGUUGGGGUUAGCAAAGACCUGUCUUCCGUCGUUGCAACGUCGUUCAAGCAACGACGGGUGACGGAGUUCAAGCCCUUCAUUAACACCCUCGAAGAGAGCAACGGCUCAAGCUCGGACAAGGAACUAGAAUUGGAUUUACUGAAGGAGGAUUUGAUGUGCAUCGUGUGCAAUGGCAUGGACGUGGGGGCCCGCAACCGCCUCCUGGAGUGCUCCGACUGCCACAUGCUUUACCACCAGGAGUGUCACAAGCCCAUUGUGACAAACCAGGACUCUUUCGAUAGCUGGGUUUGCCAGAAUUGCAAGGACGCUAGUAAGAAAAUGAAACUGGCGACAACCACUGCAGUUUCAAGCCCUUCUUCGACCCACACUAAGGUCUCCUCCUCCUCAUCUUCGUCCUCUUCCUCGUCCACUUCGUCCUCAAAAUCAACCUCUUCGCACCGGCAUUCAAGCAGCGGGUCGUACAAGUCGGGCGCCGACUCGAAAAGUGAGAAAUAUGCGAAAACAACUACGUCUAAGACCUCAAGCACGUCGUCCAAACCGGCCACGUCUAGUUCAAGUACUUCGCGCACAAUCACGCCCAAUAUUAAUAUUAUUAGUGCCGAUAAAAGAAUUCAGAUUAUGAAGAAGAAGGCGGCUAAACUACAGGAGAAACGCCUAACUCGAGUGACACGAUAAUGUGACGGGAUGUUAGCCAAUUGUAUGUCAUGUAUCUGUUUAAUAAAAAUCAGACAAUUUCUUUCUAA